UUCCUCCCGUAAUUUGCAGUAACGGAGUACCAACGCUAGGAGGCAGUAACAUAUUUUCUGCUUCAUUUUAAUGUCAGCUGGUGCGACCAAGUCUGUGUGUCGGCAAUGUAAACAUUAACUUUCCAUUCAUGUGCUGUGGAUUUGUUAGCCUACAGCCAAGACCUACUUGGGAAAUUUGAUGUUGCUGUCAUCAGCAUGGCUUCAACCUCCAGCUUUGCUCCUCCAAAACUGGCUGACUUCAUCCUCACAGAGCGGCUGGGCAGUGGUACCUAUGCUACAGUCUACAAAGCCUACAGAAAGGGGGGCAGUCGAGAGGUGGUGGCAGUGAAGGUGGUUGCAAAGAAGACUCUGAACAAGGCAUCUACAGAAAACCUGCUCACAGAGAUUGAAAUCCUCAAGACUAUGCGUCACCCUCAUAUAGUCCAGCUGAAAGACUUUCAGUGGGAUGCUGAGAAUAUUUAUCUGAUCCUGGAGUGGUGCUCUGGUGGCGAUCUCUCCCGCUUCAUUCGCAGUCGCAGGAUUUUACCUGAGAGGGUGGCCCGGCGCUUCCUGCAACAGAUAGCCUGCGCCCUCCUGUUUCUUCAUGAGCGAAACAUCUCACACCUGGACUUGAAACCCCAGAAUAUUCUGCUCAGCGGCUCUGUCCUCAAACUAGCAGAUUUUGGUUUUGCCCAGUACAUGUCACCAUGGGAUGAGCAGAGUGUCCUGAGAGGUUCUCCUCUUUACAUGGCUCCUGAGAUGGUGUGCCGCCGCCAAUAUGACUCCAGGGUAGAUCUCUGGUCAGUAGGAGUCAUUCUUUAUGAGGCACUGUUUGGGCGAGCACCAUUUGCAUCAAGGUCAUACGCUGAAUUGGAGGAGAAGAUCCGGAGUAACCAACCUAUUGAGCUCCCUCCUGGGGCCAGGGUAUCCAAGGACUGCAGAGACCUUCUGUUGCGACUGCUAGAGAGAAAUCCAGAUGCCCGGAUCACCUUUGCAGAGUUCUUCACCCACCCUUUUGUGGAUUUGGAGCACAUGCCGAGUGUAGAGAGCCUAGUGAAAGCGAAAGAGCUGGUCCUGCAGGCCAUUCAGAAGGACCAGGAGGGCGAGAGGUCCGCUGCUCUCUGUCUUUACUGCAGUGCCCUUGAGCACUUUGUCCCCGCUAUUCACUACGAGACAGACCGACAACGUAAAGAUGCCCUCAGGCAGAAGGUCAGCCAGUAUGUGUCCAGAGCCGAGGAGCUGAAAGCCCUGGUGGCCUCAGACAACAGACUGAGCUUUGAGGAGGCCCGGACCUCCAGGGAUGUCCUCCGAGAAAUGUCUCGAGACCAGCCACGACUUCUGGCUGCUGUGGAGAUGGCCUCUACUGCCAUUGCUAAGGAGGAGAGUGGAUUGGAUGAUCAUGAGACCCUGGAUGUGUACCAACAGUGCUUAGGAGAACUACUGUUGGCGCUAGCAGCUGAGCCCCAGGGCCGCAGGAGAGAGCUGCUCCACAGCGAGAUUAAAAGCCUCAUGACCAGAGCUGAAUACCUCAAAAAGCAUGUCAAGAUGCAGGAGACUCAGAGGGACGUGUCUCUGGAUCGAGAACCUCUUGCAGACUCUGUCAGAAGCUCUUGUUGUUUGCAGUGAACUUGACAGCCACCAUGGGAACUGGCCUGGGACGCCCAACAGAGCAUCAGACUGAUCUAACCUGCAUCACACCCUAACCAACUCAGAACGCUGUCCGAGUGGGAUAUUCCAGUUGCCAGCCAAAUGUGGUCAAUGUUUUGAUUGUUGCUGGAAAUUUGGCAGCUUGAGAACUUGUGUUUAUUCUUUUUGAGGGGAAAAAAAAAACGUUUGGCUGGUAAAACAUUGAAAGUAGCUUUUGAAUUUUGCGUUUGCACACUGGUGAAUGUGAAAGUGAGAUCCCUGCUCUUUACACUGUGUUGUUGCACUGCUUAGCCUUCAAAUCCCUCCUCCUGACACACCAUUGAUAUGUAAAUGCUGGACAGCUUGUAUGACAAUACCACACUGUCAUGGUAAACGAGUUAAACUGAGACUGCUGCAUUUAUUGUAGGGCAAAACUUUCAUUUGCAGCACACCAAAAAAACUGUGAAAACCUGAAAAUACAAUCAAAUGGGAACUGUGACGUUAAGAAGUAUCAAAUCAAUUUGAACUGUAGUAAUAAGUAUAUUAUAUCGAGGCCUCUGCAAACAUGCACAUACCACCCCCCCCCCCCCACCCCUGCCUUUACUGUGGCUCAACCACAGGCUCACCAUGCCCUCUCCACUGAUGGAGCCCUCUUCACCACUAUGAGGGGAAAACUGGAGAGGUGCGGCCUCUGCCUUAUUUACACUAGACUUGCAUUUUCUUAGGUUUGGCACUGGCUGGGAAUUUGAGGGAUACAGUGAGUUUGGCACUCAUGCAAAGCCUUCAUAACUAGGCCUCUGUGAAAUGGUAAAAAGCUUAACAGUCGGUGGCAGGCCGAUAAUCCUCGCUGUUGUAGGUCUUCACAGACUGUUUUGAUUUCAAACAGGUAAAGCGCUUGAAUAUUCCAAAAGGGAGCUUUACUUUAUGAAUUAGAUUUUUAAGGCAACUGGAGAAAAUACCUGAAACAGGAGUCAAAGGAGAAAAGUAUAAAUAUGUCUGAUUUCCACACUGCUGUGUUGUUUUAUUUUUUAUCUGAAUGUUUUUACAGCUGUGAUUUUAUAUUUUAUGUAUUUAUUAAAUGAGAAAUUUGGUGGGAAAUAAAAUGGCAAUCUCUGAA